GUUUAAUAAACAAAAUAAUUAAUAAUUAGAAAUAAGAGUAUAAUUAUUACCAAACAAUUAAUAACACAUUUAUUAAUUGAUGUGAGCUUUGGAUAAUUCUACCAAUAAUUGGAAACUUUGAGGUGUAUUUCAUGCAAUUAUAAUCGCUGUAAUUCAGAUCAAAAACACAAUAUUCAAUAUUUUAGGCAAAUAUCGCUCAAAUAAAAAAAAAGUUUUCAUUUGAGACCAAUUUGAGGAGAUUCAAAUAUUUGGCUUCUUGUAGACGGAGAGGGAGAGAAAAAAAAGAAAGAAGAGAGAGAGAGAGAGAGAGAGAGAGAGAGCUCAUCAAAGCUAAUAAAAGCUAUUCCUAUAUACUGUAGACUACAACAAGUUGUUUGAAGGCUUUUGAAAGAAGUACUGUAGUAGAAGUGGAAGGAUUUGCUAAUAAUUAAAGUCGUUGGAAACGUGGCCAUAGGUUGAGACAGCUCAGGGAGAACAGGGUAGGGCUACUCAACGACAACAGUGACACCACAAGUGGUAGUACAGGUCCUACGAUGAGUACUAAGAAGCAAUACAAUAGUGAUAUAAAUGGAGAGGAGAGCGAACCCAAAGAGAACGAUAGGUUAGCCACUGAAGAGAGUAAUGUUCACACAAUGGAUAAAAAUAAUGGUCAACCAAAUGAUACUAAGAAAUCAUGGCUUGAAGUUCAAGAAGACAGAUACCGAAGAUAUCGGACACACUUCAAGUCCAACAAAAAUCAUCUCAUAAUUCUGAUCCUUGCAGUUGUUAUACUUGUGUUAGUGUUGUUGACAAUUAUAUUGACAAUAAAGUUAAGUGUCAGACGUGAAGUGCCCCGAGAAUACAGAUGUGAGACCAGUGAUUGUCUCAGAGCUGCCACUUCUGUUGUAUCGGCGCUAAACUCCAGUUACGAUCCGUGUCACGACUUCUGGAGUUAUGCGUGCAGUGGUUGGAUCACUAAAAAUGCGAUACCAGAUAAUAAGGGUAGUUGGACUGUCAAUAACCAAAUUAAGGAUAAGAUACAACAUGAGCUCAGACAUUACAUAGAUCUUAUAGAUCAGGGCAUCCAUGAGGACGACCCACAGGCCAAAGUCAAACGCUUUUAUCAGUCGUGUCUUAAUGUUGAAGAUAUUGAAUAUAACUCUAUAACAACUCUUAAAUAUGAGAUCAAAGAGAUCGGUGGCUGGAGUUUAUUAAACUCGUGGUCUUUUCAGAGUUGGGACAGAACUAAAGUUAUUGAGAGACUUCAUACUAAAUAUGGUGUCUAUCCUUACUUUCAAGUUUCCGUCGGUCCCGACGAUCUCGACCCAAACCAACCAUUCAUUAUUAAGAUUGAACCGUCCGGAUUAGGUUUGCCCUCAAAAAAUCAUUAUUUUGAUGCUAAAUAUGAAAAGCUAACGGAGUCUUAUAAGAACUUUAUGAGAGAAUUGGCGAAACUAUUUAACGCUCAGUCCAUUCAAGCGAAUCAGUUCGCGGAGAAUAUGUUCUCAUAUGAGAAGCGAAUCGCAGAGAUUACACCCGAUCUUCAAGAAUAUGAAGAACCAAACAAUUAUCUUAAAAAGCGUUAUUCAAUUCGAGAACUUAUGUCAAUUGCACCGUCUAUUAAAUGGUUGAGUUUAUUGCAAAGUUAUUUCCCUAAUUCACAGCUAAACGAAGGCACCAGAGUUUUGGUAGCUUUUGAAUCUUAUUUGCGAAAUAUAUCACAUAUUAUAUCGACAACAGAUAACGGUGCUGUCAAUGACUAUCUUAUGUGGAGAUUUACAUCAACUUACUCUCCAUACCUGUCCCGUGCAUUCCGUCUGAUUUACAAUGAAUUUCAUCAGACAGUCAAUGGUGUUGAAACAACUAAAAUUCGGAUGGCUGAAGAACGGUGGGAGUUCUGUCUGAGAGUGACAUCAAAAUUUCUGGGCCACGCAUUGGGAUCAAUGUUUGUUAAGAAUAAGUUGACCGAUAGACUAAACCAAUCUAAUGGUGCCCGAAGUAAUGUAAUAAACUAUAUUAAGAGCUCAAUAUUGGAAAAUGUCAACACAUUUGUUUGGGCCAACACUGAUGAGGCACGAGAAGUGAUCAAAAGAAAAGUGAGACAAAUGGAAAUACUUAUGAGUCAACCAAACUUUAUCCUCAAGAAUCAAAUCGAUAAAUAUUAUAACGAAUUCAUUGUUCAAAACAGUUUCUAUCAGAAUCUUCUCAAUGGAAUUAAUUUUUUGAAUCGAAAACAUGAUAUUCUUCUUAAGUCUCGAAGUGCUGUCACUGAUUACAGUUGGAAAAUAUUGCCUCAAGACGUAAACAUUGCAUAUGAAUAUGCAGGCAAUCGGUUGACAAUUGCGGCCGGUUUUCUACAGACACCCUUAUUUGACACCAACCUUCCCGUUCCCAUUCAAUUUGCAUCACUUGGCUUUCAUGUGGCCACACAUAUGUUACGUGCUUUUGAUUUAGUCGGACUUGAAUAUGGUAUUCCUGACUUCAGACUAUCAACUGAUCAAACUUGGAUUACACCAGAGGGUCGACAAAACUUAGAUAAUAGACUCGAGUGCUUAUUAAAAGAUUUACAAAACUUGUCGGAUAAGACUCAAUGGAUAUACCCCAACUUAACGUUAUCCCAGACCUACAUAGAUAUCGGUGCUCUAAACAUAGCAUUCGACGCUUAUAACAAUUAUGUAUCAGAAAAGGGUGAAGAGGGACAACUGUCCGGUGUAUAUCUUAAUAGUCAACAACUAUUUUAUGUAUCAUUUGCACAGUCAAUGUGUCAAUCAAUUCGUCCACAAAAGUCAAUCAUAAAAUCAGAAGUAAUGACAACACUUCCGAGUGAACUAAGAGUAGCGACUGUUUUACGGCAUUCAUAUAAGUUUGCCGAAGCAUUCGGGUGUCCGGAAACGGCAACAAUGAGGGCUCAAUCGAGCUGUCAGUUAUGGCACUAAACUUUCAAAUAAGUUAAUCAAUAGUCGUAUCGAUUGUUGGGUUUGUUUUAUAUGAAAUAUAUGCGCUUUUGUAUGUAUUGAUUGAUAUAUCAUAUACCGUAUUACAUGACUUAGUGUUA